AUGAAUGAAAAAUCUAAAAUCUGUCUGUUGCUCCUUCACUGCCCCCAUUUCACAGCCCCCUGCUCUCUCCUAGGUCAGGGGGAGGGGUAUCCUUUCAUAUUUUUCCUAAUUGUCUCCACUAAAAAGCAUUCAAAUAAAAUGACUGUCACUGGGGCACCACCUGCUAACAGUCACACCGUCUGCAGGCACUGCACGCAGACAUGCUGGUGUCUAACAGAGGUUCUCAAAGACUGGGCUCAACAGAACCAGGUGAGUGCCUUCUGGCCCACAGGGAAGGCUGCAAGCCUCCUCCCCAUCUCCAGCCUCCCCAUGUCUGCAAGGCCCGCGUGA